GGCAACCACGGUCUUUUUCUCCCACAGUACUUCCUCCCGGUUAUGACGCACGUCGCCCUCCUUUACACGUUCAAGCUUGAUCCUGCCUAAGCUGUUGGUCCAGUCAAUCCCGCCUUUGGUGCAAUUUCCAUUUCCUUUUUGCUGUCACAAGACAAGGCGGGAGCUACCUACCGUGCCUAAAGACAUACCUAGUGAGCAAAUGGGAAGGUGCUCGGCCUGAUUCUGCCUGUUCCUGCUCUGGUGUCUUGUCACGUCACAACUUUUUUAUUUGUUCGCCUUGCACCGAUAGCAUCGUGGGCUUUCGCCUUCCUCUUUUUCUAAUCUUCCAUCCUAAACUUAGGGAAAUACUCACGCCACGACUCCCUGAUUCAGCGCCAACAACAACAACAACAACCGUGCAAGUGUCGCAUCGCUCACUUUCUUUCUAUCUUAUUGUCCUAUUCUUUCUUUCCUCUCUUCAAAGACCAGGGUCAGCAUGUUCGCCUUACGAGGAAUUGGCAAACUGAUAUUCGGUUCAAGCACGCAGGAGGCAUUGAUCGAGCUUCCACAGGGACAGCUUUACCUUGUUCGACCUUUAUCUCCUAAGGGCUAUUCCGAACUCAUCUUUCGAGACUCGGCUAUCCGCAUUCGACGCACAAAUCAGGAAUUCCAAUACCAGCUUGUUGUUCAACGCGUCUUUGAAGAAGGUGAGGCAGAGCUCCUUGCCGAAGAAGAGGGUGAGGACGCCGAAAUCGACGCCCUCGCAUCCGAGAAAGACGAGAAGACCUUCCUGCUCGACGAAGCUCUGUCUUUUCGUUCCGAAAUUCGAGAGAGUGGUGACAAAGUUCUUGCUUGGAAGGAUUUAAGCGGCGAUACUGGUGACCUCUUCCAGUUCGUUUGCGACCCUUCUGUUACAUCGUCUCAGGUACAGCAGUUUGUGCAAGUUGCUCAGCAGUGCCAAUACGAGCGCAAGUACCGCAAAUCGCAUUCUACAGCAACUGCGUCCGACCUUCAGCAGUUCGAAUUUGAGGAAGAGGACCCGAUACCACCUGCUAGCCCCCUGCAUAGCCCAACUUUGGCUCGGUCUAUCGAGUCUGUCGACGAUAUGUUAUCUAAGAACCAAGCCAAUUCCGCUGCUAAGCGUGAGCCUGCCUUCGUCCCAGAGCAGGAAAUCGAAGCCCCCGUCCUGACUGGUCCGGACGCUAGCAACCCUCCCGAGGCUCUAGAGAUAUAUGCAGCUGUUGUGGCUGAACUCCAUGUUUUUGACCCUCAGCCCGGUCAUUUUGCUCUCGUUGAUGAUUCUGUCAUUGCUCGAGUGUCAGAAGUUGGAAAAUGGGAAUACUGGCUCCAGAUCGAGUCGAACGAUAAAGCGUAUCUGGGUACUCCUGUCGUCGCUGACUUCAACCCCGUCUUUGAUUUUGAAUAUCUCUCCUUCGUCUUCAACCAUUUCAGCAGUGAUGGAACUGCACGAUCAUGGCUUCUCAGAUUUAAGGAUCAACCCACCCUGGAAAAGUUCCAAGAAGCAAUUAUGCAGGCCAUUUGGGAGAAGCUAAACGAGACCAAGUGGACGAAGAUGCAAGAUAAGGAACGUGAAUAUGUUCUUGACGCAUUCGGCGACCUAACUAUGGAAGAUGCGCCCUCCACAGAGGAGGAGGAGGAGGAGGAAGAGGAGGAGGAAGAGCUGGAGGAUGAUCGUGCGCAAGAGGAGGAGUACGACACCGAUGAGGAGAACGAUAGUAGCUUCCCCAAGAACGCUGAUGGUGAGGUCAACUCACAGUUGGCUGUUGGUUACAAGCAUGACCGCUCAUUCGUCGUUCGCGGCUCCAAGAUUGGUGUAUUCAAACAUACACCCAACAAUCACCUCGAAUUCUCCACGAACAUUUCCAAGGUCACAACUCCUUCGGGCAAGCUCAUGAACCCGAAGAAAGUCAUGCUGCACAGCGAGGAUCGAGAUCUCAUCUUACAGAAUGAGAUAGAUCCUAACAAGCUCUACCGUAUGGACCUUGAGUAUGGAAAGGUCGUGGAUGAAUGGAACGUGCACGAUGACAUCCCAGUUGUCACAUUUGCCCCCGAGAACAAGUUUGCUCAGAUGACCUCUGAACAGACCUUCCUGGGUGUCUCAAACAACGCUCUUUACCGAGUUGAUCCCCGUCUGUCCGGCAACAAGCUUGUUGAUGCCGAUAUGAAGCAAUAUGCCUCGAAGAACGACUUCUCUGCCCUCGCAACUACUGAAAAGGGCUACAUCGCUGUUGCCAGCAACAAGGGCGAUAUUCGUCUCUUCGACCGUCUCGGCAUUCGAGCCAAGACACAGCUUCCUGCUCUUGGUGACCCCAUUACUGGUAUUGACGUUUCUGCCGAUGGCCGGUGGAUCUUGGGAACAACCAAGAACUACAUCCUGCUUGUUGACGCCCAGCAGAAGUCUGGAAAGAACGAGGGCAAGCUCGGUUUCGAGAAGCCCUUCGCUGCCAACGAUAAGCCACAUCCUCGACGACUCGCUCUGACCCCUGAGCAUGUAGCCCAGUUCUACCAUGAGACUGGGAAACCAGUUGAUUUUACUCCUGCUAAGUUCAAUACUGGAGAAGGUGCAGAGGAGACAAGCAUCAUCACUGCAACCGGUCCCUACAUCAUCGAAUGGAACCUGAAGCGAAUCCUUCGAGGAAUGAAGGCGGCUUAUAAAAUUAAGCGUUAUGAAGAGGAGGUCAAGGCUGACGACUUCAAAUACGGCUCGGACAAAAACGUCAUUGUUGCUUUGCCCAACGAAGUCAACAUGGUAGCCAAACAAAGUCUAAGGAAGCCUACCCGCGAGAGCAUCAUUGGUAAUGUUCGACUGAGUGAUUCCCGUCGAGGUUCUGGACGCAUCGGGACCCGAGACAGUGGCCGAUACAAACUUGGAAAGGACGAUAUUGUCAAUGCGCCUUAUUAAGUGGAAGAGAGUGUCACUUGCGUAAUUAGGGAAGUGCUUCGAAGUGUUACGACUUCAUGAUGAGAUCCGAGACGGAGUUUUUUGGUGGACUUGGGAAUUUGUAUGUAACGUAUGGGUUUUAUAACCCGUAUGCUCUCUUUUUGUUUAGAUACCAUCUGCUGAUGCAUUUGCAUCGCAAUCAACGCAAUUUGUCUUCUUCACACCUACCAUAGCUUUAUCUACUGUAGCUUACAGUCGCCCACGGUUUUGAUACUCAGGAGCUACCAUAGGCAGAAAUGAAAAGAGUCCAAUUAAUAGAAGUAUCUCACGUAUGC